CAGGAUGCCAUUACACAGUCGCCCGGCACCGGUACAGCUGCUUUGUGUGGAUAACCAAACAAACCGUCGCGCUGCUUCUUAUGAAGUGACAGGAAAUAAGAUUGAAGUGGCAUCGUACAAAACCACAACCUCUUGUGUGCUCACCAACGGACCUGUGACGUUUAUGGUACAAAAGACCGACAACGUUCUCACCUUUCAAGAAGGCUUGACCUACUUAGUCAUGAACUAUGGUACCUACACGAGGUUCGGGCUGGAGUGCAUGUCAAUAGAGCCCACCACUAAGAUAUAUCGAUCCGCUCCUCUUGAGGUAUCAGAGGAAAUACAGAGAAGGGCAAAACACAUCCUAAAUCCUCCCUCACCAGAAAUGACCGGUGAUGAAGCAGAUUUAUUUACUGGAAGCUCCUAUGUGUCACUGAGGGGGCACAUAGAAAAUAUGUUCAGUUACAGGAUGAUUCAUCGCAAUGAUGGAGACGUUCCUAUCCGUGAUCUCAUCCUGAGAUGUGGAGAGAGGUUAAUUGAGGUGUCCCUGUGGCAGGACGAGGCAUUGGCUGAACUCCAUAUUGGGGCCGAGAUUGUCGUCACUCACCUGAGGGCCACAAUCAAGUCCAAUGGAAAGGCCAAGUUUAAUUCUUCACGGUUUUCAUCAGUUGAGGUUCCUGACCAUCCCCAUACCAGGGAGUGGUUCACCAUCAUUGGCUUUUUAGAGAAUGAAGAUGAUCUUGUUCUUCUAGCAGAAAACUAUGAUGAGUACAGUAUGUCUGCUGACCUCUUCCCAGGCACCAGUUCUGACUUCUUAGAAAAACUGCCACUAAACGUGGAAGUGGAGCAAGCCAAUUAUAGAGUUUACAGUAUCCAGUAUUCAGAUGUUGUGGAGGAGUAAAAUGAUUAAAUGUUUAUCAUUUUUGUUGUUUCUGGUUUAGAAUCUGAAUUUAUUCCUAAAUUUUUCUUGUUCAUCAAAUGCUCAUUCAAGUUACUCAUUCUUUAAUGCUCACUGUGUAUGCCCAGUAGUGAUGUUAAUGCAGGAUGUGUGGGUUUUUACUGUAACAUUAGGGUAAGUUUAGAAAGAUGAAAUGUUAUAUUGUUGUAGCUGUUCAGA